AUGAUGAUGAUGUCUCUGAACAGCAAGCAGUCCUUCAGCAUGGCCCAUAGCAGCAGCCUCCAGGAUGAGCCCAAGUACUCUACCCUGCACUCCUCCCCACACUCAUCCUCCUCGGCCACCAGCUCCCCCAGUAUCACCAGCGUGAGGACCAGCUCCGGGGGAGGUGGAGGCAGCAGCUCGGAGGCGAUGAGAAGAGCCUGUCUCCCAACCCCACCGAGCAAUAUAUUCGGAGGUCUGGAUGAGAGUUUGCUGGCCCGUGCUGAAGCUCUGGCUGCUGUGGAUAUAGCGUCUCAGUGCAAGAACCAACACCACCACCACCACCACCACACUCCUCACCACAGCCCCUUCAAGCCGGACGCUACCUACCACACUAUGAACACUAUCCCAUGCACGUCUGCCUCCUCGUCUUCCUCAGUGCCCAUCUCCCAUCCUUCUGGAGUGGGUGGCCACCACCAUCACCACCACCACCAUCACCACCACCAGCCCCUGGAAGGAGAACUUCUGGACCACAUUACCCCAGGGCUAACAUUGGGGGCCAUAACAGGACCAGAUGGCUCCGUGGUGUCCACUCCAGCUCACCCUCAUAUGUCAGGCAUGAAUCCCAUGCACCAGGCUGCACUCAGCAUGGCACAUGCCCACGGGCUACCAUCCCACAUGGGAUGCAUGAGCGAUGUCGACGCCGAUCCAAGGGACUUGGAAGCCUUUGCUGAGAGGUUCAAGCAGAGGAGGAUCAAACUUGGGGUUACCCAGGCAGAUGUGGGGUCUGCUCUUGCCAACUUGAAGAUCCCCGGGGUGGGCUCUCUCAGCCAGAGCACCAUCUGCAGGUUCGAGUCCCUCACCCUGUCCCACAACAACAUGAUCGCCCUCAAGCCCAUCCUGCAAGCCUGGCUGGAGGAGGCCGAGAAGUCGCAUCGGGAGAAGCUCACCAAGCCUGAACUCUUUAAUGGGGCCGAAAAGAAGAGGAAACGCACGUCCAUAGCUGCCCCAGAGAAGAGGUCCCUGGAAGCCUACUUCGCCAUCCAGCCCAGACCCUCCUCAGAAAAGAUCGCGGCCAUCGCCGAAAAACUAGACCUGAAAAAGAACGUGGUCCGGGUCUGGUUCUGCAACCAGAGGCAGAAACAGAAACGGAUGAAAUACUCUGCCGGGAUUUAG